AUGGAUUUCAGUCACAACAAGUUAUCAGAGCCAAUCACACAUGAGAUCAGUCAAUGCAAGCUGUUGACGUUCAGGAUUACAGCGAUCAGGAUCUUGAACUACCUGAAUGUAUCGAGAAACAAUCUCAUCGGUAGCAUUCCUCCACCCAUUUCCACUAUGCAGAGCUUAACAUCUGUUGAUUUCUCUUACAACAAUCUCUCUGGUUUAGUCCCUGGUACUGGCCAGUUUAGCUACUUUAACUACACUUCCUUUCUGGGUAAUCCAGAUAUCUGCGGUCUUACUUGCGUCCUUGCAAAGAUGGGGUCCUUGUAA